AUGUCGGAUCUACCACAGCUAUGGAAAAAACUGAGGGCAACAAAGGAAAGCAAGUCUCUGAUGAGCAAAUACCUGACGCCAGAGAUUUAUGAAAAACUGAAAGACAAAAAGACGAAGUUGGGCGGUACGUUAACGGACUGCAUUCGAUCUGGUGUGGAAAACCUGGACAGUGGAGUGGGAAUCUACGCAUCUGAUCCUGCAGCCUACCAAGAGUUUAGCGAGCUGUUUGAUCCGAUCAUUAAGGACUAUCACAAAGUAGAAGCCCUCUACCACCCUCCCACCGAUUUUGGAAAUGUCGAACAGUUAAACUUCGGUGAUCUUGACCCUUCCGGUGAGCUAAUUGUGUCCACUAGGGUCAGAGUUGGCAGGAGUCAUGACAGUUACGGGUUUCCCCCAACCCUCAACAAGGAGCAGCGUGUUAACAUGGAGAGAAAUACUCGUGAUGUCUUGGAGAAGUUGACUGGGGAGCUUAAAGGUACUUACUAUCCCCUAGAUGGUAUGACCCCCGAAACUCAGAAAAAGUUGAUGGAUGACCAUUUCCUCUUUAACGACAGUGACAGAUUCCUUAAGGCUGCUGGUGGGUACAACGACUGGCCCGUGGGUAGGGGUAUAUUCUUCAACGACAACAAAACCUUUCUGGUCUGGGUGAACGAAGAAGACCAUCUGAGAAUCAUCUCCAUGCAGAAGGGAGGGGACUUGGCCGCUGUGUACAAGCGACUUGUGAGUGGCAUUCAAGAACUGGAAAAGAAACUGCAAUUUGCCCGUCUGCCCAAUUUGGGUUACCUCACGUUUUGUCCCAGUAAUUUGGGCACAGCCCUACGGGCCAGCGUGCACGUGAAGAUACCCAAAGUGGCGGCCAUGCCGGAGUUCAAAACGAUCUGUGACGAGUAUAGCAUCCAGGCGAGAGGCAUCCACGGCGAGCACACAGAGAGCUUGGGCGGUGUGUACGAUAUCUCUAACAAGAGACGACUGGGUUUGACAGAGAUUCAAGCGAUAGAGGAGAUGAGACGAGGGGUCGAAGAACUGAUCAGGUUAGAGAAGGGAGGAGAACUUAAAUAA